UGUGUAGCUUUUAGCUUUUUUUAUCAAAAGGGUGAAAUGUGAGGAAUCUAAGCCUGCUAUUAUGAAAGGUUUCUGUAUUUGAGGGCAGCUUUGGUAUAGUCAACCAAAGCCAGUGAUCAUCCCUUAAGCAUUAAAUUAUGUAAUGUUUGGUUAUUGCCCAUCAUGUAGAUGAGAGAUUCAAUAAUUUCAAUAAUUUUAUUUCAAGUGAUAGGAAUCAAAUAAAUGGGUCACAGGGGCUCAGUGUAGGACUCAACGGGUUAAUUGUCCCCAACCUACCUGAAGAUGCGUAAUCACUUACCAAUUGAUCUGGUUCAGCCUGAAAUAUGGUUAUAAUAGGCAAUCCUACAGCUAAAACAAUGUAUAUAUCUGUGGUAGAGGCAGUAGAAUCUUCUGCCUCCUUAAAUCCACUCCCAGCAUCCACAAUAAACACUCCAUACUGGCUGAUACUCACCUGGCUCUGUACCAGAGCAUAUUAUGCAAAUGCAGACAGAAUAGAUUUAAUCAUAAGAUGCUCAUAUCGGCAUCUGCUUUGCAAUUACACUGUUGGUUGCUAGAGUGGAUAUAACUGUUUUAGCUUCAGCAUACAAUUACCCGCUUCAUUCAAGUCAAUAAACUUUUAUUUCAUGUUGCAUAUUUAGUACAUGGCACCAGCAAUGCACUUAUAGUCUUCGUCUCAAACAAUUUUUAGUUGUUUGUAAAUGAUACAUUGUAAUGCUGUAUGUGUUAAUUGUGGCUGGUAACCUGAGCAGGCAGCUAUGGCAAACUAAAAAUAGCCUCUAAGGCCAUAACUGUUCCAGACACAAGCUAAUCUGUCCUUGUUCUAAACGGGAAGAUCUGUGCCUAACAAGGGAUUAAUAUGCACUCUGUUUAAAUGUUAGUUUAUUGAUGGGAUCUAAGUGUACAUUCUACCACCGAUUGCAUCACGUAUAGGUGCAAUGAAUACAUCUUUGAGUAAUGACUUUCAGACAUUAAAUGAAGACAGGAAAUUGUAUGCAGUUGACUCGCUGAAUAAUUUGAACAAGCUAAAACUCUGCACCGGUGACAGCCAAGUUAUACAGCAAGCAGUUAAAGGAGAAGGUACAAAUAUGCGGCACCAGGAGUCCCAGACUACACAAACAAAGAAGACUAUCCUUAUACUACUUAUCUUGAUAAUGCUGGUUACGCUUAUACUGUCAUCCUGUGCAUUAUAUUUCUUAGUGCAGAUGAAUUAUCUAUCUGAUGAAAUAACACAAAAGCUGGAAAAACAAGGAAGAAUUAUUGAAGAGCUUGCGAGAGUUAACCAGUUACCCAAUAGAAACCAUGCAAGAGUUUGACUGAACUUGUUUGUGUUUUAAACACUAUACACUGGCCACAAUGGAUCCUUCAAUCAGUCAGUAGAAAGUGGUCUACUGACCAAGUUAUAGUGAUAUGAAUAAAUAGGUGUUCGUUCUUUUAUAUUAUAGAGGAAUUUUUACAUGUCAGUUUAAGAAAGGACUAAAAAAUGUAUCAAAAUGAAAUCUUUGUUUGUUAAUAGACAACAGACCUUAAUUUGAAAAUAUAAUAGAAUGCAAACUUCUUGCAAUGUCUGUUUUCUAGGAAUACUACAUAGGUUUGUAUGUAUGUUUUCAUUAUUAUUAUUUAUUCAAAGCUGUUUGCAUUUCUUCUGCUUUAACCCUUUCA